AGGGAUUUGAUUGAAUGGGCCUCAAGCUGACACUGGCCUCCUAUGCUGUUAAUACAUAGAUCAUUUUCUUUUAUUAUAAUUUGAAUAAAUAUAUAAUUGCAUAUUGAUCAGUUUGAAGAUUUUUUUUAACCUGAUUUGGAAUACGUUUUUUUUUCUUCCAACUAUACAUUAAAAGGAAAGAAGAAAAAGAAGAAAAAAUACCUUUUUUGUAAUUUUUGCGAUAUGUUGCCUGAGAACACAUCUGUUUGUGGAUACACAGAGGAGCCUUCAGAGACUUUGACUGCGGGACGUAAGUAGCUCUCCAGGGUGCUGAAGUUGUCUCCAAACGGUAGAGACGCAGCGCCUGAGCUCUACCUGUCACUUUCAGCCCACGGUCUAAACGCAAUGAACGGACUGUGUCUUUGCCGGAGCAACACCAGAGUGAAUAGGUAAGGUUUGGGGAUGGUUAGGGGACCACCUUUCAGAAUACAAACAAACCGAUCCAAGCUGGGCACCUGUGAGAUUCUCUCAUCAGAUCGUAAAGCUGUCCCGAAGCUUGAAAAUAUGGCAUCAGUAGUGUAACUGAAAGGUAAUCGAUAGUGAAUACAAAUAUUCACUAUCUUGGACACCCUGGAAGGACAAUGCAACAUAUUCCUCCAAAUGGUUGGGAGUCCAACCAUUCAUGUGAUCCCAUAAUAAAAAGCAGACCAGUUUUACAGGCGCUGCCCUUUAACAACUUUCUAUUAUGGGUUCUCUUGGGAGUGCUGACAUUUCCUUGUUGCGUUCACUGUUUAAUAUUCAAAGUGGGGGUCUUGGGCCCUUGGAACUGCGACCCUGUUUACUACAGGGCCCUUCCUACCGCCGCGGCCAGGCUGGCUGUAAACAGGAUAAACGGAGACUUCAAUCUGGAUCUGGGUCUGAAAAUGGAUUUCAUCAUUCUCCAGGAACCUUGCGAAACCUCCAAAGCACUUAUGGCUUAUGUCUACUAUGAUAAAUCAGCAGAUGUGAUUAUUGGCCCCACCAACCCAGGAUACUGUAUCGCAGCUUCUCUUCUGUCUAAGGACUGGGAUAAAGGACUGUUCUCUUUCGGCUGUGUUGCCUACGAGCUGGAACGCUUAACAGGCUACCCAACGUUUGCAAGGACAGUGCCGUUUCCUGCCGAGGUGCUGUUCACUGUGUUUAAACACUACGGGUGGGCCAGUUCUGUGGUGGUCUCGUCCAACGAAGAUAUCUGGAUAGACACCGCUGUGAGAGUGGGUGCUGCUCUGAGGAGGAAGGGGCUUCCAGUUGGUCUCGUUACAUCUAUGGGGAUGAAUGACACAGAGGUGGAAAAUACCCUGAGGAAGAUCCAAAAGGCAGGAGAAGUAAAGGUCAUCAUCAUGUGCAUGCACUCCAUCCUGAUUGGUGGUGAACAGCAGGCCACUUUUCUUAUAAAAGCACACAAGAUGGGCAUGACUUCAGGGAAGUACGUGUUCGUGCCCUACGACACUCUGCAGUACAGCGUGCCCUACGCCAACGUCUCCUACUUCCCUCUGCAAAACAACAGCCUUCUGCGGGGGGCCUACGACGCUGUACUCACCGUCACCAUGGCCUCGGAGCCGCUGUCCUUCAACGAGGCGUUUGCAGAGGCUGUAAGGGGCGGGGAGGUGAUCCAGCCAGCGCAGGUAGAGCAGGUUAACCCCCUGUUUGGAACCAUCUACAACAGCAUUUACCUGCUGGCCAACUCCAUCCACAAUGCCAGGAAAGCAGGCAUGAGGCUCUCGGGGUCAAACCUGGCCAACUUUAUAAAGAAUACCACCUUCAGCGGCUUCAACCAGAAGUACCAAGUGGACACUCGCGGUGAAGUUAAGACCAACUACGUCAUCCUGGACUCUGACGGGAAGGGGAGUCAGUUGUACCAAGCCUCCACAGUGGACCUAGAAGCAGGACUGCUACGUUUUGCAGGGCGGUCCAUUAAUUUUCCGGGUGGCUCCCCUCCUCCGCCAGAUUCCAGCUGCUGGUUUGAUGAGACCACCAUCUGCACAGGAGGUGUGGAGGUGAUGUACAUCAUAAUAGUGCUGGGUGUCAUCCUCAGUCUGGCUAUAGGAGGGUUCAUCGUAAGCCUUUACAUCAGGAGGAGACUUCAACAAAUCCAGCUGGUGAAAGGUCCCAAUCGGAUCCUGCUGACUUUAGAGGAUCUUACUUUCAUCAACCCUCAGCUUAGCAAAAAGAAAAUCACCUUAGAGGAUUUGUGUGAAUCCAAGAGUGCUCUUGAAGAGAAAUCUGCGGACCCUUCCCACUCUGUCAACAGCAUGCAGACGGCAACUCAGGAGAAUUCCAGCGUGGCCGUGUAUGAGGGUGACUGGGUGUGGCUGAAGAAAUUUGAAGAGAGCCAGUUCAAGGAGGUGAAACAAAGCAGCACCAGGAUUUUGACAAGGAUGAAAGACCUGAGAAACGAGAACGUCAACCCCUUCCUGGGCUUCUUCACGGACUUCUCCAUGUUUGCAGUGGUGACGGAGCACUGCUCCCGGGGCAGUCUGCAAGACCUGCUCAGGAACGAGGACGUCAAAUUAGACUGGAUGUUCAAGUCCUCACUGCUGCUUGAUCUAAUCAAGGGCAUGAAAUAUCUCCACCACAGAGAUUUUCCACAUGGCAGACUAAAAUCUCGAAAUUGUGUGGUUGAUGGGCGCUUUGUCCUCAAGAUCACAGACUAUGGCUUCAACGAGCUUCUGGAGUCUCAGAAAGCUCCUUUAGAAGAGCACUCGCCUGAAGAUCUGUUCUGGACAGCUCCCGAGUUCUUGCGGGACCCUGCGAUUUCUCGGAAAGGAACAUGCAAAGGAGAUGUGUAUAGUUUUUCUAUUAUCCUUCAAGAGGUGGUGGUGCGAGGACCCCCAUACUGCAUGUUGGAUCUGCCACCUGAAGAGAUCAUUCGUAAGGUGAAGAAGCCUCCUCCGAUGUGCCGUCCCACAGUGGCCCCAGAUCAGGCUCCUCUUGAAUGCAUCCAGCUGAUGAAGCAGUGCUGGAGCGAGCUGCCCGACCGCAGACCAGCCUUUAACGAGAUCUUUGACAGGUUCAAGACAAUCAACAAGGGUAAGAAGACCAACAUCAUCGACUCCAUGCUGAGGAUGCUGGAGCAGUACAGCUCCAACCUGGAGGAUCUCAUCAGAGAGCGGACAGAGGAGCUGGAGGUGGAAAAGCAGAGAACGGAGAAGCUGCUCUCUGAAAUGCUGCCACCUUCUGUAGCUGAGGCCCUGAAAACCGGUGCCACGGUUGAACCAGAAUACUUUGAUCAGGUGACGAUCUACUUCAGCGACAUCGUGGGUUUCACCACCAUCUCCUCGCUCAGUGAUCCCAUCGAGGUGGUCGAUCUUCUCAAUGACCUCUACACGCUGUUUGAUGCGGUGCUCAGUAACCACGACGUCUACAAGGUGGAGACCAUCGGUGAUGCCUACAUGGUGGCAUCAGGUCUGCCUAAGAGAAAUGGCAACAAGCACGCAGCUGAGAUAGCCAACAUGUCACUGAACAUCCUCAGCUCAGUGGGCUCCUUCCACAUGCGACACAUGCCGGACGUGCCCGUCAGGAUACGGAUAGGAAUUCACUCAGGGCCCUGCGUUGCUGGGGUUGUAGGUCUGACCAUGCCUCGGUACUGCCUUUUUGGAGACACCGUCAACACUGCCUCUCGUAUGGAAUCCACUGGGCUGCCUUAUAGAAUCCAUGUAAAUAUGAGCACUGUGCAGAUCCUCCAUUCUCUUAAUGAUGGUUAUAAAAUAGACGUCCGAGGCAAGACGGAGCUGAAGGGUAAAGGGAUUGAGGAGACAUACUGGCUCGUGGGGAAAACCGACUUUGCAAAACCUUUGCCAAACCCACCAGAGAUUAAACCAGGGGACAACUGGCAAGAGAUGGUGACAGAAGAGAUCAAGACUCAUUUCCGCAAAGCAAACAGGCAGGUGGACAACAAGAUCUGAACAAAAGGAAUAGAAGGAGAUAUAUCAAAGAAGGAAAUACCAAGGAGAGGAAGGAGCGUCAGAAAGGAGCAUCCAGAGAAAGAAAGACUCAAAGAGCUGGGAUGGGGCAGGCAGAGGACGGAGAGGGCUACCCAGCCUCUCACCGUGGCUUAAUGCAGACUUAUUUAAGAGGAUUGUUCAUCGACUGGCUAAUCUGCCUGCAGCCAGCACAGCAGAACACAACGGUGCUAAUGUAAUGAGAGUGGUCACAUGACCUGCCUACCGCUCCUUAAUGAAGGAUGGACUCAUUCACUCCUCUCUACACUCACUGGCCACUGCGUGGUCACCUACUUCAGGGUUCACCCGUCGGAAGAUUGAACGCCCCAAACGCCUAUUUCAAAAUGAAAUGUUAUUUUUCCAGCGAUGAUGUUUGUAGUUGGCUCCUGGUAGAGAUGCAGAGCUGAGGCUGUAGCUUUGCCUGAAUAUUAAAUGUGAUUAACCAUUCAAAGCUGGAGGCUAAGGCUGCUAAUGUGCGUAAUCAAAUAAUCUUUUUGAUUAUAUAUGACAUAUAAUCAGGACGUGGAGAGAGACAUUUGUCACUUUAUUUCCCCUCUCUUAGAGCAGAAGACUAUUACAGCUGAGCCCUACAGGUUUUUUAUACCGUCAACCCUUGUCUUAGUUUACAAUAAUGUCUCUCUGUGAGACAUGUAAGUGAAUCUCAGUGCACAGUGACACUUGUUAUGAAUCUUGAUGUGAGCACUUUAAGUCCAUGUUGAAUCAAAUUCAGUGUUUAAGUGUUAGUCCUGAGCUUUAUGUCACACCGGUAUCUUUACUACCAACUAUAACACAAAAAAAGAAGAAAAAAAAGGACUUUUUAGGGUUAUUUUAAUGGUACUGUAGUGAAAUAUUGUACAUGCAUCACUUGUCCUGGGAUAUAUUCUAAUGUGUGUCCGAGUGAAAAGGUUUGUUGAACCCAGAACUCCAGCCCAGCCCUGCAGAACAGGGAUUUGUGCUCGCAGCAUUUAUAUGUGGGGCCCACAUGGGUUAAUGUGGGCAACGAAUAUGGUUCCUGAGUGGAGAAUGUUCAACGGUAGCCCCACAUGGGUUUGUCCAUAUGGACUUUGGGUGGGAUCUGUGGAUCUAUGGGGUCCGCACAAGUUCAGACUUUCUUAGUCCAUGUCCAUUGAGCCCGUUUAUAUCCCUCAUGAGCGCCAAGUGUCUGGCCCACAAAGGUUUCCCAUUUGGGGCCAAUAACACUGAACCCAUAUAGGAUCUGUGCCAUUUGUCCAUUUCAAGUCCACGCCCGCUCUGUUUCCAAGAAUCCCACAUUUAACCCAGAUGGGGGUCAGAUGGAUCAAGCACAAGCCUGGCGUCUGUUUUCAUUUAUUUUUCUUCUAGGAAAUGUAUUUCUAGAAGCACCUCUUUCAUGGGACAUUGAAAAGUUGAAAACUUUGAAGUCAGUGGAAGUGAAAUGGUUGUUUCUGAAUGCACACUAACAUCUAUCACACUCUCCCGUGAACCUGCUCCCACAGUCCUUUUAUUUACAUCAACCAAGUGUUUCAUUGUGAUUAAAUAAUCCUUUUAAACAAGUUCACAACACUUUGAUUUACUGACUGAUUUAUGGAUUUUUUUAUAUCUUAAUUGUGUGUACGAUGCUAAUGAUUUCCAGACAUUGCUCAGUUAAAGGUGUAUGAUCAAAAGCAUGGCUUUUUGUUAUUCUUUUUAGAAAAAAAUACAUAUUCACUCUAGCUGUUUACAGAUUACAAACAGGACAUUCUGGUUAAAAACAAGAAAAUAAAAAAAAAUAAAAAGUAAUAAUGGGGAUAAUAAAAGAAAGGAAAAUAUGCAGAAGGGUUUGUAUGUAUGUCAUUUUAAAUGUGUUCCUUUGCCCGAACCCAUUAUGAAGUGAUUUUGAACGUUUGCAAAUAAUCACUGAAAAGAAAAGAAAAAAAAAGAUUAGGAAAUAAUCUCAUGAAAUACAAUCUUUUUAAUCUAUUGGUGUAGAAAAAUAACAGCAAAGUCUGUGAGAAACAUGUACCGCGUGCAGUUGAUGUAAUGUUUGUUGUCACGUGUAUGAUUACUGCAAUGCAACAUAUAAUAUUCUUGUAUAUACUACA